UCAUUCUCUUCUCACUUCAAACAACAACAGGUUUUCAGGAUCCUACAAUUAUCCUUAUUCAUUCCUUUAAGCUUAUUUCCAUUCUUGUGCCAAAUUCAAAAUGCUGGCUAUCAAUAUCCUCUCCACUGUCGCCGUGUUGGCUUCUUACGUCUCAGCGGCUGCUCUCCCGCUUGAUACCCGCGCUACUCUUGCCAGCGGAACCAACGCCGGUUCUAUCUUCCGCUUUGGUGAUGCGGCUGCUGCCAAGGCCCUUUUCUGGCAAUCCGGUUCUUGUGGAUUAAGCACUUAUUUCCCGAACACCAAGUAUGUCCUCCCCCAUUUCUCACAAUCAUCGAUCACUUUUGAACACACAUCACCCUAACAGCCAUCUAGCAAAAACCUCCCACUCGUGGCCAUGACCAGCACCGUUAUGAGCAAGUUUGGUGCUUCCCAACACAACACCCUCUGCGGAAAGACUAUCACCAUGACCUACAAGGGUGUCACUCAGAAGGCUAUCAUCGCUGAUACCAAUGUCAGCGUUGAUAACUCCAUUGAUAUGACUUCUGAUGUCUGGAUCAAGUUCGGUGGACAUGAUGGCGAUGGAACUCUCCUCAAGUCUUUGACUUGGUCUAUUUCUAGCUAGAGGGUUUGUUUUGUACUGUAGGUAUAGAGGCUUAGGGGGUAGAGCUGGGAAGCUGGAGAGGUUCAGCUUGUUUGCUUUUUUGGGCUUCUUGUGCUUGCUUUGUUUUGGGAGUAGUGAGCGAGCAUUGAUGGGGGUUUAGAAAUGAUGUAGUUUGGGUUUCGUUUGCUGUAUUAUUGCAUUUAUUGGUGCUGGGAGAAAUUUGGAAUAGAC